AUAAUAAAUUUAAUUAUUCCUCUGAUCAAACUUUUAAAAAAUUAACACGCUACUGCCAUCUACACAUGACAUGGUUAAUGAGGAACCAAACAAACCAAACGGAUGCAUCAAGUCGCCUUGAUAAAUCAUACAAACAAACGUUAAUUUUCACUAAUAAUCGAAUCAAAUAAAAUCACUGCAAAAUGCAUCCACCGGCGGCUGAUAAGGCGCAACUUGCCGCAGUGCUUCAAAUUCUGAAAAAGUACAAUUUAAAGGGCACUGAGGAACUUCUGAAAAAGAAGCAAAUCGAUAUAAAUAUCGAAGGUCAAGAAUCCGAUGUAAGCAGCGUCCUUACAGGCUACAAAAGUGAUGGAGAUCCAGAAAAGUAUGAAGAUUCCUACGUAGAACUCAAGCGUUUUGUGGAAAGCUCCCUAGACAUUUACAAACAUGAACUAGGAAUGAUACUCUAUCCAAUAUUAGUACACAUGUACCUAGAAUUGGUCUACAAUGGCCACCAGGAGAAAGCCAUAGCCCUAAUGAAGAAGUUUGGCCCUGAACAAGAUUUCUACUAUCAGGAUGAUUUGAAAAAACUAGCACUGGUCACAAAAAGAGACCACAUGAAUGGAAAUGAGCUAACAGACACAUUUAAAUCAAAUCAAUUCAUCAUCAGAAUGUCCAGGGAUACAUUAUCACUACUCAAGAGGCAUUUGCAUGACAAGAAAGCUUCUGUACUAAUGAACAUAGUGCAGGAACACUUGUAUUUUGACAUGUAUGAAGGUGUUGCAAGAAAUAAAACACAGAUUGAUGCCACAUCAGGGGCAAUGAUUGGUGAAGCCACCAGACAGGAUAACAAGUCAAAGGUUUAUUAUGGUAUACCCAAAGCUCCAGAUAUUCAAUCACUUGCAGCUGCACCUGCAGAAGACGAGGACGACAAUGACGGCGAACCGGACAAACCAAAAAAGAAAAAGGCUAAGAAAGAUCCCUUGUUUUCAAAGAACAAAAGUGAUCCUAAUGCACCGCCUCAGGACAGAAUACCAAUUCCUGAUCUGAAGGAUAAUGAUAAGGUGGAGAAAGUAAAGGCUCUUCGCGAGGCGUCGAAGCGUGUUAAUCUGAACGCUGAUACACAACCGUCGAUUUGUUGCUACACUCUGCUAAACGCAAAUCACACAGUUAGCUGUGCGGAUAUAACUGAAGACUCAAGCAUGUUAGCCGUUGGAUUUUCAGACUCUUUAGUUAAAGUCUGGACAUUGGUUCCACAAAAGUUACGCGCGCUGAAAACAGCUUCACAAUUGCAAGAUAUCAACAUUGAAGCAGAGGAUGUUUUGGUAAGGAUGAUGGAUGAAAGGUCAGGAGAAACAGCGCGUUCACUUUACGGUCACAGCGGCAACGUAUAUGCCGUUUCAUUCUCACCCGACCGCACAUUACUCCUCAGUUGCUCAGAGGAUUCCACAGUGCGCCUCUGGAGUUUACAAAUCUGGACUUGUUUGGUGGUGUACAAAGGCCACAUGUUUCCAAUCUGGGAUGUAAAGUUCUCACCGCAUGGUUAUUACUUCGCCACGGCUUCCUAUGAUAGAACCGCUCGAUUAUGGGCGACUGAUCAUUACCAACCAUUGAGAGUAUUCGCCGGCCAUUUCUCAGACGUUGAUGUCAUACAAUUCCAUCCGAAUUCGAAUUAUAUUGCAACUGGUUCAAGUGACCGUCGUGUCUGCCUCUGGGAUGUCACGAAUGGAAAUCAUGUGCGGCUGAUGACGGGUCACAAGUCCCCGAUCCACACCUUGGCCUUCAGUAUUUGCGGGCGUUAUCUCACAUCGGCUGGAGCGGAUUGCAACAUUUUGAUUUGGGACCUUGCACAUGGUCACCUCGUGGCUGAGUUGAAUGGCCACACCAAACCGAUACAUUCUCUAACGUUUAGUCGAUGUGGUAAUGUGUUGGCGUCAGGGUCGCUUGAUUGCAACAUCAAAAUGUGGGACUUUAAUAAACUGGUCGAGGAGUGCAGCUCAGAAGAUGUGAAUAUUUCGCACAAUCCUGAAGUGAAGACUGGGGACAGCUAUAUGUUAUGGACAUACGCGACGAAAAACAGUCCGUUGUUGCAUUUGCACUUUACAAGAAGGAAUCUACUCUUAGCUGUUAGCAUGUUUGAUGGAAUUGCACCAAUUCCUUAAAGCUUUGUUUAGUAUUCUCUUUUUUUAACAUAUAUAUUCUUUUUGUAUUAUGUAUAUAAAAUUGAAUAAAUUGCAACAAAUAUAUGGCAAGAA